AUGGAAAGAAGUGUCGUGGCUUGGAGGACAAUGAUCAAGGAGAAGAAGGAGAAUCUGGACCCCCAGAAGUGGAUGCAAAAGGAGACUGUCAGGGGGUUUGCUGACUUUAUACUCAACAAAUACUCAGAGCAAGAGGCUGACAGCAGCUAUGACACCAAAGAAAUGUUACUCGAGACAGAGAAGCAGUUUAUGGAAGCAGCAAAGAAGAAUGACGUAGAGACCAUGAAGUAUCUUGGAAAAAGUCUUAACAUCAAUGCCAGGAAUUUGCAUCACAGGACAGCCCUUCACUUUGCUGUAGCCGGCAAAAACAAUGAAGCUGUUCAGUUUCUUCUACAGCGCAGGGUCAAAGUGGAUCAAAAGGACAAGUAUGGGGUGGCCCCUAUUCAUCUGGCUGCAUGGUUUGGGAGUUUGGAGAUCCUGAAAUUACUGGUGCAGGCUGGAGCCGAACAGAAGGUUGAAAACGAGGAAGGACUGAACAUUAUGCACUGCGCUGCCAUCAACAACCACACAGGAAUCAUAGAGUAUAUAAUAAAUGAUCUGCAGAUGAAAGAGUUAGACAGAGAUGAUCAGUCAGGACAUCGGCCCUUUGCACUGGCAGCAGAACAUGGGUGUGUUGACAUGUUACAGAUUCUGAUGGAGCCCUACAACAUGGCCACCAUGAAGCCCAACCAGAGAGGGGACACGCCUCUGCACUUAGCUGCCAGGAACGGCCACUUGGACGCCGUCCAACUGCUGCUGCAGAGCUUUGAUACUCGGGAUGAAGUCAACACGGACGGUGAGACAGCUUUGUACCAGGCAGCAGACAGUGGUCAAGAAGAAUGUGUCCUAGCCCUGCUGGAGGCUGGCUGUGACCCCAACCUCUUCACACAGGCCAAGUGCAGCGCUCUCCAUCAGGUCUCAGAAAGAGGCUACACCCCACUUGUCCAGCUCCUGUUAGAGUACCAUGCCCAUCCAGAUUCUCAAAAUCAGCACCUAGAGGCGCCUCUCCACCUGGCAGUGAGGCUCAGCCACAUUCCUGUAAUCCACUCUCUACUAGUGGCCGGCUGCAACAUCAAUAUCACUGACAAGAGGUCCCAGACUGCUUUGCACCUUGCUACAGAGCUCGCCAGGACUGACGUUGUGGAAAUGCUUCUCAAAGCUGGUGUGGAUCUAACGCUCCAGGACAGACAGGGUAAAACAGCUCUGGGUGUGGCAGCCAGAGCAAAUGAGGUGAUUAUUGUGGACAUGAUCAUCAAAGCAGAAAGAUACAACGCAUGGAGGCAGGUCAACCCCGAGCUUGAUGAAAGUGUUCACAGCGAGCAUCCGCUGACGUUUAAACUUGACCACCGCCGUGAGACCAAGCAGCUCCGUUCGAUUGCCUGGCAUCUGGCGUACGAGCAGAUGAAAGCGAAAGACUGGAAAAGACUGGCAGAGCACUGGGGCUUCACCAAAGAGCAGGUUUCUGCUAUUGAGGAGCAGUGGACAGGUCAGCACAGCUAUAAGGAGCACGGGAACAGGAUGCUGUUGAUCUGGCUGCACAGGGAGGAGCUGGCUCAGAGGAGUCCUGCUAAAGAACUCUAUGAAGGCCUCAUCCUCACAGGGAACAGAAAAGCAGCAGAUAAGAUACGAAUGGAGGCAGAGAAUGCCAGCAGCAGCAAGAGCUGCUGCGUUUCCUGAAGAGAACAGCAUCAUACAGACUGAAAAUGAACUGUUUAAACUAUUUUCAACUAAGUAUUUAUAAAAUAAAUGUGGGGUAAAAUAUUUUAUUUUAAAAAAGCAUCUUGCAUCAGAUCAUUAGAUGACUUUGAUUUAGUAAACAACCAAUGGCG